AUGACCGAAGGCCCUUUCGUGUACGGCAUUGAGCUCAGGGAUCCGCCAACAGCACCGACCGACAUCAGCCAGUACGAUCUACUGUUCGGUCCCGGCAGCGUCCUGCACCGGCCGCAUCAUCCGAACGGGCACAGCAUGGCCGACUACGGCGACCAGUACUACGGCACCAACCUGUCGCUAGCGCUCGGUGACAUCCUGCGCGAGAACAUUACGGCAACCGUCGUCGGGACGCACAACCUUACCGGUGACUUUGGCGGUACGGCUGUCAGUUUGCCGGCCGGGUCCGGGCACCUUCCUACCACCGGUGGACGGGGCGGUGACAGUUCCUUUCAGAACCAUCUCAUCAUCCCGCUGUACGCCAUCAUCUUUCUGCUGUCAGUCGUCGGUAAUCUGUUGGUGAUUUUAACGCUCGCCCAAAACAAACGGAUGCGCACGGUCACCAACGUGUACCUGCUGAAUCUGGCAAUUUCCGAUCUGCUGCUGGGAGUGUUCUGCAUGCCGAUCACCCUCGCCGGCCAGGUACUGCGGCGGUUCGUCUUCGGAAGUGUCAUGUGCAAAUUAAUACCAUAUUUCCAAGCUGUAUCGGUUUCGGUGGCCGUGUGGACACUGGUAGCUAUCUCGCUCGAGCGCUACUUCGCCAUCUGCCGGCCGCUGUCGUCGCGCCGCUGGCAGACCCAGUUCCACGCGUACAAGAUGAUCGGGCUCGUCUGGACGGUGAGCUUUCUGGCGAACUCGCCGCUGUGCUACGUGCAGCGUCUGCAGCCGGUCGGACGGACCACCGGCCAGAUGAAGUGUCGCGAGGUGUGGCCGGACCGGGUGUGGGAGAAAGCGUACGUGCUGUUUCACGAUGUGGGCCUGCUGUUUCUGCCCCUGCUGACGAUGGGGUUCGCGUACUCGAUGAUCGUGUCGAAGCUGUGGCGGGGCCUGCGGCACGAAAUUAAGCACUCCUCGCUGUACCAGCAAACGAGCAAGCACGGUGCGGGCGGUCAGGGCACGUCCGGGGGUUGCGUGGGUGCGUGUGGACCAGCGGUCAGUCCCGGUGGCACCGGCAACGUAGGGAUGGUUGGUGGUGAACAACAUUCGCAUCCCGCCACCGGAACCGGUACGGGUGCGGCGACAGUCCUUGACACUGGCAAACCGUUGAAGACCGGCACUGGGAAACGCCUCGAGACAGGCUUCGUACUAACGUCGAGUCUCAAAAAGGGACCGUUUAAAUCGUCAACAGCCGUCGUAAACUUCGCCAGCAACAACAACACGAUCGGGAAAGGCAGCUUUGCCGGCAGCGGUGGAAACGGUGCCACAAACUGUGGUGGUACCACCACCACCACCAACGGUGCCAGCACCAGCGGCAACCCGUGCAGCAGUGGUGUGGGUAAUGGUAGUAACGGCGGCAGCAAUGGUGCGAGCGGUUCCACCACGGACCGGACGGGCGGGCUGUACUGUGGCGGUGUUGCGUGCGAUUGCCGAACCGGUCGUCUUCGCGGUUUUCGCCAUUUCUUCGCCAAGCAGCACCAGCAUGGUGGUCUGUGCCGGAACCAUCGGUACCAUCUCAGCAGCACCUCACCGGAAGGUCUGCCAGAGUUGGCGGAAACGAAGUUUGACGAAACGCCCACACACCAACAGCAUCCCUACCACCAUCACUGCCACCAUGCGCACGGUUAUCACCAUCAUCACCAUCACCGGAUGCCGACCACCAUCGUGAAGAGUACGCAGCAGGACGCGAAGCACGAGAUCGUACUGAGCACCGGCGAUCCGGGAUUGCUAGAACCGGGCGUGGAUGGUGGGUUGGUACCGGGCACUGGCAGCACCACCGCGCACGGUGGCAGUCCCAACAUACCGACGGUCAAUGCAGCCGCCACGGCAACCGGAGACGACGCCACCCUCAAGCCCGACCCGAGCUAUCAAUUUUCGCGACACGCCAUUCGCUCCACCUACAUGGACAAGAGCAUCGAGGCGAAGAAGAAGGUUAUUCGGAUGCUGUUCGUGAUAAUCGUCGAGUUCUUUGUUUGCUGGGCGCCGCUACACAUUCUCAACACGGUCUAUCUGUAUUCGCCGUCCUUCGUCUACCAGCACGUGAACAGCAGCGGUAUCGCCCUGGUGCAGCUGAUGGCGUACAUCAGCUCCUGCUGCAAUCCCAUCACGUACUGCUUCAUGAACCGACGCUUCCGGCAGGCAUUCCUCGGCAUCUUCAGCUGCUACCGUAAUCGCAUGCCAAUCUGCUGCUGUUUCUGCUGCGCGUCGAAGAAUGGCCCAAUGGACGGGGUGGAGUCGAAGGCUGCCGCCUAUCUACGUCAGAACACCAUCAACCAGUCCGGUGCGGAGCGCAACAAUUCGGACGUGUCCGGUAACGAUUCCCUGGUCUACGUCGGGCGCGGGCUCGUGCAGCGAUCCGAGAUAUUGAUUCUGGAAUCCGAGGAUCGGGUUUAG